AAGUGGAUGAUGGAUAAAUUAAACAUUUACCUUCAAUAAGUAAUCAUAUUUUGUUAAAUGUAAUUUAAUGACACAAUAAAAGAUCUCAAGUUAAUUUUAAUGACAUUUUAAUCUCAUUGGUGUAUGACAAAAAAAAGUUAAAUGCAGUGAACUUUUUGAGGACAACAUGCAUAAAUUUUAUGGUGAUUUUGAAUGAAGUGAAGCGUACAUAUAUGAAGGUAUAUUUUGCCUAUUCAUACAAACAAUUACUGACAAUCACAUCUGACAAGAAGGGCUAAAGAUGGUCAUAAUCUGGAGUGUAGUACAAGCUGUUUUCGUUCGAUCUUUACUAUUUAUUCAUAGUUUUUUGUGUAUUUGGAGAACGGUUGAUGUUAUGGGGAAUAGUUUGUUUUGGUGUCUUGGACUUGGAAAUAUUUUACACAUAAUAGAACUUGAGCAUAGAAUUUUGAAGAAGAGAGGACAAGAGGACAAAUGGUUUUGUCUUUGCUUUUUCAUCCACCUAUGCAACACCGUUCCCGCCAUUUGGCUGUUGGAGAUCGAUCGUCUGGAAAGUUCGAAGACUAUAGUAAACAACAACACAGUAACAACCCCAGCUACAAAUACCAGUGACAACUCACAGGGAGAAGCAUUGUCCGCCAUUGAAGGGUUAACCAUUCCUGUAAAGCUCGAUGCAGAUACAUGGGCGUCAGUAUUAGAACAAGGAUUUCUGUUCAUCCUGAUAUUAGGUCGAUGGAUGUUGCCACGAGGGAAACUUACUCGUGAUCAGCUGUCACAGCUAUUAUUUGUAUAUAUUGGUUCCGGGUCAGACGUCAUGGAACUUUUCAUUAUUUUCGAAGAAAAAGAAAUUAGAGCCGAUAAAACAUUCAGUUAUGCAAUUUUAACGGUUUGGACGAUCAGCUUACUACAGUUUACGCUUGUCUUAACCUCCACGAAGAAGCAGCGCGGUGGUCAAACAGAUGCGGAAGAUCCGGACGACGAAGAUGACUGGACAACGUCCAAUAGAGCACCGGCAAGAUGUUGCGCAAAAUUGGUGGAGAUGGAAAUAUGGAGUCUGUUUGUGGCAAUCAUGUUACAAGACGGUCCAUACUUAACUAUACGGUUGUGUGCAAUAUUUGUGAAAAAGGUACUGAGUUAUGGUGUGAUAUUUUUCGCUCUUAAAAAUUGCCUCAUGAUAAUGAUGUUAUUUUAUAGGGUAAUUGUUGUUGGAACUCACAAGAAAGAACUCGAAGAAAAAGCCAAAGAGAAAGAGAAGAUGACAGAAAAGGUUAUCAAGAAGUUAAGUGACAUUCGAAAGAUCAAGCAUCAAAAUUCUAAAGAUAACCCACGAGAUAAUAAAAUGCGCAAAAAUGGAAGAGGCCAAAGUGGAUCUCCACCAAACUAUUGGUCCCAUCCCGAUUAUUUUUAUCAAUCUCCUUUCGGGUUUGGACGUGCAAACUACGGAUAUAAUGGAGGCUAUUAUUGACAACUUACAUUAAAGUCUGAUGCCUUUUUAUACAUAGCCAGCUAAGGAAAUGCACACACCAUAGACGUUUAUGACUGAAAACAUUGUGCACCCUGUACAAAACAAAAAUUGUGAAUACUUUAUGGAGAGGGAAUUGUAUGAUGGCAAUGCAGAAAUAUAUUAAUAAAGAUAUUCAAUAAAAUGCACCUCUUAAAGUUUACCCGAAUUGUAUGGGUGUAAUCGUUCAAUUUGUACCCAUUUAGGUUGUUUCCCAUCCAUUUUGAAGUGGACUAGCAUAUCAUGUACUAAUUAACGAUUCAUUACAUUCAACCUUUUCAUUUAUAGUUUGUAAACGACCCUUGAAUUCAAAAUGUAUAUCAAAUCAUCCCCUCCCGUGUUACAACUGU